UGCUGGGUCUGACUCCGUCAGGCGAGAACGUUAGCGGGGUCUUGUUUUGAUUAAAGUUGACGGAUCUUUUUCAAUUUCAUAUUUUAUACCCUGUAUUGUUGUGUGAAAGUACAGGAUAUAUACUGUGGUUCCCGAGUACUUAUCCGUUGGCUUUUUUUCCCCGCACAUCACCGAAAGAGAAAUAAACUUUGGAAUUAACCGAUCUCAAAGUGGAGAGGAGCAACUUUUCCAACAGGCUGACCUAUGCUAAGCUAACCAGCUAAGCCAGAAGUCUGGAAUGCAGUUGAAAUUCCAGUUAAAAGUCCACAAAGGAGCGCACGAACCGUCUGUUUCGCUAUUCGGUGACUAUAUGAGAUUUACUAGAGACUCUCACAGUGAAAGCUACUCCGCGGAGCCUCUCCGUAUUUGGUCGGAAUGGACGCUGCAGGUGCACCUCUUGAGGCACCUGCGAAAACUUGGUAACUUGAGAGCUAACUUUAGCCUUUUCACGUUAGCAUUCAGCAGAACCGGACAGUGUUUUGUGAUAGCUUUAAAUUAAUUUGGCUUGGCAGUUAAUUGUUAUUUUUUCGCUUUACUGGCAUUAACCAGGAGCGUUAAAAAGCGUCGUUAGCUAACCCGUAUUUCGGCUAACUUAGCCAGCAACCUCGCUAGCUAGUUAUUGACCCUCACACUUGUACCGGAGUGGCGACGUGGAUACAGACGCGCUCUCCCACGGGACUUUGGACACAGUUUGACCACGGCGUGGACUGCACAAGGAUACCCCCUCCUCUGUUUUCAUCGGAUAGUGUCCUAUAUGUGACAGCAUGAGGAUUUCAAAAAGUUACAAGUUACCUUUUUAAAGUUUUCAUUUUGUCCAAAAAGCGCUGCACCCUAUGGUGCCGCUACGGCCACCGAGAAAUGGAUGUCUCGCAGGCCGCUUUCCCAAACGGUGAAGGGCGGCCGGGCGGCGGUGGGACCGGGGAACAUGCCUGGGCAGAGUCCCCCUCAGUUCGGGCUUGGGCUCACUCUGCCCCGCUGUGCCCAACUCGAUCCCUGUGGACAGCUGCUUAUGACUACGAGGCGAGCGGCGAGGACGAACUCAGCCUCAGGCGAGGUGAUGUAGUAGAGGUCCUGUCCAAGGACGCUGCAAUCUCCGGGGACGAGGGAUGGUGGACGGGGAAAAUCAACCACAGGGUAGGGAUUUUCCCUUCCAAUUAUGUCACCUAUCAGCCCGCUAUAUACCGUCUCCCAGCUACAAGUGUGUCGACGGGGGUCCCAGAGCGAGUCCCGAGCUCGCCCGUCCAGAUCCCUUUUAGUGAACUGGUAUUAGAGGAGAUCAUAGGCGUGGGUGGAUUUGGUAAGGUUUACCGGGGCACAUGGAAAGAUCAGGAGGUCGCUGUGAAGGCGGCUCGGCAGGACCCAGAUGAAGACAUAACGGCAACCGCCGCCAGUGUUAAACAAGAAGCUAAACUUUUCUCGAUGCUGCAGCACCCCAAUAUUAUUAAACUGGAAGGGGUGUGUUUGGAGGAGCCCAACCUGUGCCUGGUCAUGGAGUAUGCCCGAGGCGGGACACUGAACCGGGCGCUGACCGGAAGGCGGAUCCCUCCACACAUCCUUGUCAACUGGGCUGUGCAGAUUGCACGCGGGAUGCACUAUCUACACGAGGAGGCCGUGGUACCCAUUAUCCAUCGUGACCUGAAGUCUAGCAACAUUUUAUUACUUGAAAAAAUUGAGAAUGAUGACAUUGGGAGAAAGACCUUGAAGAUCACAGAUUUUGGCUUAGCCAGGGAAUGGCACAAAACCACAAAAAUGUCAGCAGCAGGCACCUACUCCUGGAUGGCACCAGAGGUCAUUAAGUCAUCUCUCUUCUCCAAAGGCAGUGACGUCUGGAGCUAUGGUGUCUUGCUGUGGGAGCUGUUAACAGGGGAGGUGCCGUACCGUGGAAUAGACGGCCUCGCUGUUGCUUACGGCGUGGCAGUUAAUAAGUUAACCCUACCAAUCCCUUCCACUUGCCCCGAACCCUUCGCUAAGCUCAUGGAAGAUUGCUGGGACCAGGACCCCCAUGUGCGUCCCUCAUUCUCCUGCAUCCUGGAGCAGCUUUCAGCCAUCGAAGAGGCGGUGAUGGCCACCAUGCCUCAGGACUCCUUCCACAGCAUGCAGGACGACUGGCGUGUGGAGAUCCAGGAGAUGUUUGAUGAGCUCAGGACCAAAGAGAAGGAGCUACGUUCCAGAGAAGAGGAGCUGACGCGAGCCGCCCUGCAGCAGAAGUCUCAGGAGGAGUUGCUGAAGCGUCGGGAGCAGCAGCUGGCAGAGCGCGAGAUCAACGUGCUGGAGAGAGAGCUCAACAUCCUCAUUUUCCAGCUCAACAAAGACAAGCCCAACGUGAAGAAGAGAAAAGGCAAAUUUAAACGCUCCCGCCUUAAACUGAAGGAUGGGAACCGCAUCAGCCUACCCUCAGACUUCCAGCAUAAGAUCACCGUGCAGGCUUCGCCCUCCAUGGACAAAAGGCGGAGCCUUCACAGUACCAGCUCCUCUCCUCCCAGCAGUCCCACACUUAUCCCUCGUCUACGAGCCAUUCAGCUUACUCAAGAUGAGAGCAACCGUACGUGGGGCCGCAGCUCCCCCUUCAGGCCAGAGGAGUUUGAUGACGUGAAAAAGGGAAUCAAGAAGAAAGGAAGAACCUGGGGACCCAGUUCAGUACAGAGCAAAGAGAGGCCUGCUGCCGCUCAGAGAGUGCGUCCUCUGUCAGAUGGCAGUAACCCGUGGUCCACCAGCCUGGUGAAGUCCCAGAAGUCUGUCCCUCUUGCUGCCCUGUUUGCCGAACAAGCAGGGAACAGUAAAGAUGAGACUUUCUCCCAGGAAUGUUCUGACAGCAGCUCCAAACCAAAGCAGCUCAAGUUCCCCAACCAGGUGUACAUCGAUCUACCUCUGUGGAGGGACGAGCAGCAGACUCAGAUUUGCCCUGGUGGAAACUGCGGGACAGGAGAUGCUGGAGUGGGAUUAGUAGGUCAGAGCGGCCAACCAGAGACUCCAGACGACCCAUAUACCACCACAUCCACUUCAUCCACCUCAACUACCCCACAGCUUACACCCACCAACAGCCUGAAAAGGACAUCAGGUCGCCGCAAGACCGACGCUGUGCUGUAUGGCUGCGGUUCACUGCUGGCUUCGGUUGUGCUCGGUUAUGAUAUCAGGGAGGCCCUGAAAAACUCAGCUGCUGGCGAAGACUGCGAGCCCCCGAAAGAGGAGAAAGAGAAGAAAAAGAAAGAGGGCCUGUUUCAACGUGCAACCCGUUUCCGCCGCAGCACCUCACCACCAAGCGGUCGCUCCCGUAAAGACGAGGGAACGUCAAACCACAACUCCCCCCAACCUGUCAAUCUUAUUUCCAUGUCAGCCAUCAUGGAGUACAACUCCACCAAGUGUCUCUUACAGUCUGAAGCGGAGAUGUCGGAGUCUAACCCUGUGAAGGCUGAGCAUGUGGCUGUCAAUCAUCACACAGAGCCAUCCAGAUGCAGCCCAGCAGCAGUUCCAGAAGGCCAGAGUAACAAGACUGCAGCUAAAACGCAGACAGCGGUGCAAACCCAAAGCCAGCCGCCUGAGCAGACCAACCACAACCCAGCAGCACGUCUACGCAGAAAGAAAUACACCACCAACCACAACACCAAUGGCCUGCCCGCUCUGCCUCCUCCAGUCACACAAAAGAAGCAGGAGAAACAAGAGAAGGAUGGAGGGCCAGAAAAGCCCACUGGUGGAGAGGCCUUCACAAGACCGCGGCCAGUGUCACUCAGGGCCAAACCCCACACCUGGGCUCUGCUGCGAGGACGCAACAAAAGCUACUCCCUGGGUCACUAUUCCGGAGAAAAGACGGCGCAGAACCUAAACGUGAUGCUGUCCUCAGAGGUAGGGAUGGGCUGCUCCCUGCUGGACAUGGACACCGAGGGCCAGAAACGAGACUGCACCGUGCCGCUCUGCCGCAUUCAAAGCUCUCCUGCACGGCCCUCUGUCUUUGAGCUGGAUAAAGAGUUCCUCUCUUAGAAGUCUCGAGAAGCGAUCUACGUGCUGGUGGUUGUAGCUUGUUGCUCACAGCCUAGAAUGUUCAGAACUUACACACACACAGAACUCCUGGAGGGUUUAGAACCAGGCUGCCUUUGUUUCUAUUUGAUGAAGUUCUAUACAGAGCGAUAGAAACGGCUUUGUCGCAGUUCUAGCACAUAUUCUAUGUUCUAGACUGCAGCAGAGUCUGAGGCUUUUAGAAAAUUCCUGAGUCACAGGUGUUCCAGUGUGUUUCUUUCUAGUACACACACACACACGGGGUUCUGAAACCAAGGCAGAACUUUCCAGCGAUGGAUCAGCAGCUCUUCCUGUGAUCAUCUCGGUGCUUGACUGCCACCUUUGUUUCCCCAUCCUUUCCUCGCUCUUGUCACCCCCACCCCCCUUUUCCUUUCUCGUUCUAUCGGUGCAGCUAAACGUUGACCGCUGCUGCAGCUUUCUCAACACAAUACCCUCACCUUUUUAUUUAUAUAUAUAUUUUUAUAGGUAAUUUAAUAUGAAGAGACUUGACCUUACCUUAGAAACCAACAGGACACACAUUCCAUGUCAGUUUCGAAAAAGUGUGAUCACGCUUUUAGAUUUUUUAAUUUUUUUUUUUGACUUAAAAAUCAUGCAUGCAUGUACUUAAAACAUUGAACAAAAAUAUACUAUGCCUUGUUUGUAAAUAUUUCUUUUAAUCCUUUAUCGGCCUAAUGCUGGCAGUUUUGUUUUCUUUUAUAUGGCAUUAAUGCUGUUUCAUGACUGAGGCAGCAAUGCUGCAGUACAGUUUGUUCUUGGGCAAUAGAUUGGGGUUUUCGAAGAGUCCGUGGAGUAGUCGAGAAAUGUGUCUGUUAAUUUGUGUUCAUGAAGAAAAAUGUUUUCUUUUUUGUUUGUUUGUUUGUUUGUAUGCACAAAAACAUCUGCCACACAGUCUGAGGAGAGUUUAUGAGGCUCAUGAACACAAAUUGUAGUGUAGUCCACCCUUGGAAGGGGAAGAUGGUGGCAUUCACUUAAGAGACACGAUUCAUGUUUGUAUGGUUAAGAUUCAGACCAAAAUCUUAGGUUUAGGUUUAAACACAGAUUGUGGUUUAGGUUCAAAUAAAACAGCUGAGCCAUGUUUUAAAGCUCUGUUACACUUCCUUUUGAAACACUUGAGUUUUGCAGUCGGGGUUACUGUCACAUAUUUAAUUGCUGUCCAUGAGUACACAGGAACAGAUCACAUUUCUGGACUACAUCACGUGUUACCAUGAGGCCACGCUGUCUCGAGGUAGAUUACAUACUGGACCUGGGUAGAGAUGCAUGUGUGUUUCCACCCAGAAUUCCCUGAAUCUUUUAGAGAUGCGGGUAGAAAACUGGAAGUCCUACAAAGCAGACCUGGAAUCUUCUCAUUUAGGAGUUGUGGUCAUGUGUUGAUAAUAUGGAAUAUGGAGUAUUUAUAGAUGUUUUUUCUUUGUUAAAAUUGUCUUUAUUUGGCACACUGCAGCAGAGCGGGAGGAACGCAUCAGCCGUGAAUGUUCAUGUGAGGGAAAACCCAAAUAAACUGCUUGGAUAUUUAGGAUUUCUACAAAGCCCAUAAAUGUGCACACAGGAGAGUGUUUACUUACCGUUUAGAGCAUCAACUGCACAGAACUGCAAUACUUGUACUGUAAACCUGAUAAAUGUGUGCCUUUCAGCUUUGUCGUUUAAAAGCUCGGUCACUCAGUCAUAGAAAUCAGCCCCAGUUUGGUUGGUUUGAUUCUGUGAUAGCGCUGUUACAUGUAACUGGUUUUAACGUUUAGUUGAGUCAGGUUGUCGGUUGUAUCUGUUUCUCUUUGUACACUUUUUAUACAAUGUUAAGCAAAAGGUUUUUACAUUUAGAAAAUAUUCCGAGUCAAGACACCGUUUGCCUUUCAUGAUCAUGCUAGUUUUCCUCAGUAUUCACAAAGGGCUUUGAAUGUUGAUUUGUCAACAUGUUUCUUCCAGACUUGUGUGAACUUGACAGUAUGCAGAGCUGAUAAUGAAGGAUAUAUGCUGGACCCAAUGCCACCUGUAAUUGUUUAGUGAGUAAAUUGAAUAUAAAAGUGGCCCACUCAAGUAUUCAUUUACUAAAAGAUAUGAAUUUCCAAAUGGUGUAAAUAUAACUGAUUGCUCAUGUGUAUCUCACUGUGGCAUUUUAUCAUUUCCUGUGUUGCUGUGUUUUAUGACCACUGAAUUCAGAGCAGCUCUAAACACUGUAAAGGGCCUUACUGAUCAUAGGGCUUUUAAAAGUGAAAUAAAUUAAGGGCAUCUUUAAACACCAGCAUGCACCGCUGCUAUAACACUGCAGACCUGAAACAUUCCCAGACACACAUGCCAAUAUAUUUACAAACUGCAGCAAUAAUAUUCGUGAAUCCAGACACUGCACAUUCAGGCUGUGUGGCUACAGGACCAAAAUUCAGCUCUAUCAGCACUAAGGCCUCUCAGUCCUCAGGACCAAAACCACUAAAUGAACUAGCUGCUAGUGAGGAGUUCCUACAAAGAAGGCGACUCCACAUAGAUCCUCAGUGUGAAGCACUGUAGCUGAAAGACCCACCGCCCUCCCAAUCAAAUGAGAACUUCCUGUUAAAUGCAGUGCUUCCUUUAAAUCACUGAACACGUGUCACGCUGACUGUGUUACAUUGAGCUUAGAAUACAUCUGUUUCAGUGAGCGCUGUUUGGUAUCAUUACAGUAUUUGUCAUUUCAUGCCUGAUUGAUGAAGAGUAUCCAGUUUAUCAAUGUUUUCAAUAAAGUCUAAGUCGAGACUAA